AUGUCAGCUCAAGAUUUUCGCGUCAUCAUUGUGGGAGGCAGUGUUGCAGGCCUGGCGCUAGCAUUGAUGCUCGAGAAGCAUGGCAUCAACUUCAUCGUCCUGGAAGCAUACCCAUCGAUUGCGCCUCAAGUCGGGGCCAGCAUCGGCAUACUGCCCAACGGCUUGCGCGUACUGGACCAACUUGGAUGCUACGAGGACCUCCUCAAGAAGGCACAGUAUCCCGUGAACACUGUCUCUCUGCGAGAUUCCAGCGGGAAGCCCCUGAUCCAAGUGCAAGAUGUUGAUUCACAGUCAAUAGGACGACAUGGAUACCCAAUGAUCUUUUUCCAGCGACGAAUGUUGAUUCAAAUCCUCUACGACCAUAUCCAAAGGAAGAACAACGUGCUCACCUCGACGCGGGUGAAGUCGAUCCAUGAGGAUGAUCAAGGAGUUUCUGUUGAAACGCAGGAUGGACGCACCUUUGCUGGCCACGUCGUAGUCGGCACCGACGGCGUGCACAGCGUUGUUAGGAAGGAAAUAUGGCGGACCGAGUCCGAGAGAGGGUUAGUCAAGAGACAAGUCCUCGAGGAUGACAUUCAAGCAAAGUACGGAUGCAUCUUUGGAAUAUCCACCGGCAUCACCGGAUUGCCCAAAGGCCUCCUCCAGUUCACAGCAGGCCAGCGCUCUUCAACCCUCACGGCAUCUGGACCGGAAGACGAUACAUACUGGGCUCUCUUCUAUGACCUUGGCGAGACUUACCACGGUGCGGGCUCUCCUCGAUUAGGAAAAGCAGAUGAGCAUGAUGUCAUCGCGAAGCACCAGAACGACGCUGUCACCGAAAAGAUGACAUUGGCAGAUUUGUAUUCCAGGAAAACAGUUUCUGUCUGCACUCCGCUUCAUGAGUAUGUGGUGCAAGUGUGGCACAGUCAAAGGUCUAUCGUUAUCGGAGAUGCUGCCCACAAGUUCAACCCACUUACUGGGCAAGGUGGUAACUCGGCCAUUGAAAGCGCUGCAGCGUUGACAAACGAGAUUGUAAAACUACUUCAAUCCUACGGUCCGAAUUGUCUCCCUCCCGGAAAGGCUUUGCGGUCCGCCUUUGAAGCUGUUCAGUCCACACGUUCCCCCCGAGCCUCAACUUUGGUCAAAUCAUCCACGAGAUUCCAAAAACUGACUGCGAUGGAAACAUCCAUCCACAGAGCGAUUCUCCACCAUGUGCUUCCGCAUUUCAGCCAGAAUUUGAUGAUGCGCCUGCUUUUCCGUGCAUACCCAGGGGCAGUGUCUCUGGACUCGCUGAAAAUCCCGGAAAGGCCUCGGAGCAUACCCUACGAUGAUGAAGUCAGCUUCAAUACCAGUGCCAGGAGCAAAGCCACCUGGCUCACACCUCUCGCACUGCUUUUCGGUCUGUCUCUUCUGGGGGUAGCCCUUCUGCACAAAGUCAGCGCCAUAAAUGGCACAUGGGACUUGGUAGCGGAAGCCGUCGCGACUGGAUUCAUACCAGAGGCUGGCCUCCCUCUCGAGUCCAUCUCCUAUCUCUCUGCCUUUCCUCGUAUUGCGCGGCUAUUCAGAACUCUUACCGCGAUCUUCUUGGGCGUUGUGUCUGGCUCCACGAACAAUGCCCAUCCGAUCCAUGCAUGCUAUUUUCUGCUGUCAUUCUUCCCUCCCAUACUCCUAAUGAUGAUGGCGGAAGCGCACAGGAAGAGCAAUCGUGGAUCACUACUGCAGAGAUCCUUUCUCUGGGUUGGCGCUGCCCAGCUUUUCGGUCUCGGCAUCGUCCUGCCGCUCUAUUUCGCCUUGUCUCUCUUCAACUCUCGACAUGCGUCCAACUGGAGUCCAAACGCACAUUCUGUCUCCAUUACGAGCAGGACUGCGCUUCCAGCGUUGAUCCUUGGCUACGUGGUUCCCUCCGUCUGGAUGUUUGCUCUAGCCAACCACUCUCCGAUGAAACAACCAGCCAUUGCUUUCUGGCAGAUCUCGCCAGUGAUUGCCGUGGUCCUUGCUGACGCUUUCCAUUUAUCGAGUUCCGCAGGACGGUUGCUACAGAAGGGGAAGGACGAUACAUCCGGAGAUGCCCUUCAAUCACCAGGACGUUCCCGCAAGCUCCCAAGUCUCACCACCGCAUACAAUGCUAUCGCCAUCGCUUCUGCUCUGGUCCAUGUUUUCACAGUCUCAUUCCUCGCUUUCUCCUCCUCGCAUUCGCUCUUCAAGAUUUUUGUUCCUCAAAGGCCACUAGAACCAGUAUCGACCAUUGCAGACGGCAUGUUCACCUUCCUCCAAUCCGACCUACUCCUUUGCAUUGCGGUUACGAUGUUUUAUUCAAUCGUCACGCUUUCCAAUAUGCGCCACCACGGAGUGACCGGCACAACGCUUCCAACCAGCAUAGCUUUGCUUGCAAUUGGAUACACUAUGGUCGGCCCUGGAGCAUCUACUGUUCUUCUUUGGAGAUGGCGUGAGAAGGCUAUCGGAAAAGCGAAUGCUCAACAUCAGAAACGCACUUGA